GCCGCCGGUCCGGCCCCGCCCCGGGACCGCCUCCCCGCGGGUUCCGUUGGCUGUGGCGGCAGCUGAGGCUGUGGCGGCAGUGGCCGCAGGGCGGGCGUAAGAUGGCGACAGCGGUGGCGGGAGCCCUGGGCCUGCUGUGGGGUUGGCUGUGGAGCGAACGCUUCUGGCUGCCCCAGAACGUGAGCUGGGCUGAUCUCGAGGGCCCGGCCGACGGCUCCGGCUACCCGCGGGCCCGGCACAUCCUCUCGGUGUUCCCGCUGGCGGCGGGCAUAUUCUUCGUGAGGCGGCUCUUCGAGCGAUUUAUUGCCAAACCCUGUGCACGCCAUGUUGGCAUCCUGGACAGUGGUCCUUAUCAGACCCAACCCAAUGCCAUCCUUGAAAAAGUGUUCAUAUCUAUUACUAAGUAUCCUGAUGAGAAAAGGCUGGAGGGCCUGUCAAAGCAACUGGACUGGGAUGUCCGAAAAAUCCAGUGCUGGUUUCGCCAUCGGAGGAAUCAGGACAAGCCCCCAACGCUCACUAAAUUCUGUGAAAGCAUGUGGAGAUUCACUUUUUAUUUAUGUAUAUUCUGCUACGGAAUUAGAUUUCUCUGGUCGUCACCUUGGUUCUGGGACACCAGACAGUGCUGGCAUAGCUAUCCAUACCAGUCUCUGACAAGUGGGCUUUAUUACUAUUAUAUCAUGGAAUUGGCCUUCUAUUGGUCUCUUAUGUUUUCUCAGUUUACAGACAUUAAAAGAAAGGACUUCCUGAUUAUGUUCGUGCAUCACUUGGCUACCAUUGGGCUCAUCACCUUCUCCUACAUCAACAACAUGGUUCGAGUGGGAACUCUGGUCAUGUGUCUACAUGAUGCCUCAGACUUCUUGCUGGAGGCAGCCAAGCUGGCCAAUUAUGCCAAGUAUCAGCGCCUCUGUGACACCCUUUUUGUGAUCUUCGGUGCUGUUUUUGUGGCCACUCGUCUAGGAAUCUAUCCAUUCUGGGUUCUGAACACGACGCUCUUUGAGAGUUGGGAGAUGAUCGGGCCCUAUGCCUCCUGGUGGUUCUUCAAUGGGCUUCUCCUGAUCCUACAGGUUCUGCACGUCAUCUGGUCCUACCUAAUUGUGCGCAUUGCUUUCAAAGCCUUGAUCCGAGGAAAGGUAUCUAAGGAUGAUCGCAGUGAUGUGGAGAGCAGCUCAGAGGAAGAAGAUGUGACCACCAGCACAAAAAGCCCCUGCAGCAGUAACUCCAGCAAUGGUGCCAAUCGGGUGAAUGGUCACAUGGGAGGCAGCUACUGGGCUGAAGAGUAAGGCAGUUGGUAUGGGGACUUCAGCACACGUGGACUUGUAGGGCCACUGGCAGCCUACUCCUCUUGGGCCUCUCCCCAUCUACACUUCUGUGACUUUGGGGUCUGCAGGGCACUGAAGAGAAUCAAAGAAGCAAAUAUUUUCACUUUUUAAAAAAUUUCUGCCAUUUUGUAUUUAAUAGCCUCCAGGUUCUUUCAGUAAUGUUAUUUGCUCUGUGUGUGUGUGUUUGUGUGUAUUCGUGUGCAUAUGCAUUUGUGCAUAUGCAUGAGUUUCAUUGCCUGGGUUGGGGCACAAAUCUAGACUGGGGCCACUAGGCCUUGCCUGGUCCCCUUUGAACCCACCUCAAUUCCAGAUUUGACUACAUCUUGAAUUAUGCUGGCUCCGGACUGUCCCCUCCCUUGUUGCCCAUGGCUCCUGAGGCUCUGGCCAUCUGAAUAGAGCAGCCAAGUUCAGCUCAAAGUUCUGCACUGUUCUUCUUCGGAGCUGGAAUAUUUCACGUGAAGUUGUAUAGAAACAGACAAGCAUGGAUGGAUGGCCAGAAUUGCUGUGGUCCCUAGCUAGAUCCGCUUCCUACCCUGCUCUUUACUCAAUGGUACGCAAGGAGUUGGGGGUGGGAGAGGGUGAGCUUAGGGCUAGAGGACAAUGGCCACUGGGUGAGCUGUUAACGGUUUAUACUGUUGUUUACUAUUCUGUGAUUAAAAGUGCUUCAACCCUC